AUUAGCUACUUCCUAUUAUGCACCAGACCUCCCAUCUCUCCAAUCCUGUCUGAAAAGGAACAUUUGAAUUCGACACGUUUUAGAAGCGUUAUAGCGCGUUACCUAUCUACGUUGUGUAGCCUGUCAACACAAACUUCCGUGAAAAUUUUGCCGAGGGCAACCAGAUACUUGGGGAACUCAAGGUACCUUGAGGGAGUUAGCUAGCUAGUUUUGUAACUAGCUAGCUGACUAGAGGUAAGUUGAUGUCACCUGAUGAGGAAAGCCAGACUGAUGGCAUGCUAGCUAGCUACUGCCUAGAGCUUCAACUUGUGAUUUAACUAACGUUAGCUACCUAGCUCUUAACUAAAUGUACGUUUUCCAUUCAGCUAAAUAACUGAACAGCCACACAGAUCUUAAUAGUUAAUAUUUGCCAAAAGUCUAGUUGUCUGAGGAAGUACAAACGCCACACAUGGAACUUCACUUGUUAACGGCUAACUGUGAUAACUAGCUGUAACGUUAGCUAACUGUAUAGCUAAAUUCCUCAUAAAUUCUAACAACAUAAUAGGGAUGUGGCAUUCAUUUUCUUAUUAUCCUCACUCUUUCCUUUACCUGCUCAACCUGCCUCUUUCACAAUCUCACGAAUGGCUUUGCCCGGCUUCAAGUACAUUAAAAUAGCUAGCAAAUGCAUAGCUGCUAACACCUUUAGCUUGCUACCAAGCUAACUCUCACAUGCACAUUUUUUGAAUCGUCUCGAGUUUGGGUUCAGCUGGGGGGGGGUUGGGGUAGGUUAGGGUGACAGACGCACUGUUCAGGCUCAUUGACAAAUAGGCGUGAAGACCUCCCAGCAGUUGUCAGACAUUUACAUCUCUGUUUUAGCACUUCAAGUCUAAGACAUGUUAAUUUGUGAAGUCUGGAAAGUAUUUUUAUCUGUAGCUAGGGAUCAUCAUUAUCAGAAAAUGUUAAUCAUUGAAUAGCUUCACAAAUGAUGGGGAAUUAAUACAUGGGAAAUAAUAAAUAGUAAUCUAUGCCAAAUAUGGGAGCUAGAACAGCUGUACAAUCUUUACACCUUAGUAGGGGGGAGGAGUAGUAAUGUAAAAGUUGACAUGUUACAUAAAGGCGUAAAGAUUACAGGCCAGAGUGUACAGCGUUUGAGAAUAAUUGGGCCACUGGACCAACAUAAUUACAUUGGCCCACAUUUCACCAUCUGCUGAGUUGUGAAAAGGAGAAGGAGACUGGGUAGGCCCAGUAGCCUACAGUCUAGAGUUCAGACAGAAGUACCCCGUUUUACACAAUCCCUGUCUGUGUGCUGUCAUAAUCCCAGAAUCUCUGUAUUUGAAGUUACAUUUUGCAUUGUAUUUUGAAAGUGUUCUCUUUCUUCAAUUGUUCAGAUGAUAAAGUGAUUUGUACAAUCGCCCAUGCAGAAGUGUCAGGAUUCAAUAGAACACAGAUCUGUCUCUGAUGCUGUCUGUAGGUUCUGGUGGGUCAUAAUGGAGAGUGUUGGAGUGUCGUCCAUCUCCUUACUGGGAAUUCCUUAUGUGGGUUUAGUUAAGGGAUUGCUGCUCUUCUGCUCUGGAUUAAUGACCCUAAUCUGGAGAGGGCAGAGUAGGUUGGAGCUGGGAUUAUGGUCUCUCUCACAGCCCUUAGCAUUUUAGCACUCACUUUAGCACAAACAUACGGUACUCCCACACGCACGCACAAACACUCUCACUCGCCCUUCACUCCCCAUUCGCUGUCUCUAUCUCACUCCACCUGUAAUUCAAAAUAUCCCAUUAUUGUUAUGUCAGAUUAUUCUCUGCUGGUGUGCAGCAGCCAUUUUUCUUAUAGGCUACUUGUUGUUGUUGUGCAGUAUAGUUAUUAAACAAUAGGCACCCACACUGCAAGCUCCAGUAGGCCUACAUUUUUUUGUUUAUGUGUUUAAUAAGGGAAAAGGACGCGCAUAGCAGAGUGUGUGCAGACAUCAUGUUCAGUCUAUGCUGCUCUCCGUUGAAGGCUUGACAGUCGAGCCAAAGGGGUCUUCGUCGUGACUUGUCAGUUGUCAAGCAAGUGAUAUAAUUCAGCGAUGAGGCGACAGCUUUGAUUAUCUUAAUGUUGUUUCUUUAGGAUUGAUGAUGGUCCUGGUUGUCUGGAGGGGUCUAUUGAUACUAAAAUGUAAUGAAAGGGUGACACAUUAGAAGUGGAUGUGUGACAGUCUAAUACCUUCUGUCUCAAUUCUUUCCCUCCCUCCCCCUCCCAUCUCUCUCCCUCCAUCUGCAGUGAUCAUGUCUUCCAGGGAGCGUCGGUCAGACCUGUACAUCAAGGCAGAGCCCAGCAGUCCAGAGGGAGGUGGUGGAGGCCGGGCCAGCCCAGGGGGAGCCUCCUCGGACUCCUCCCAGAGUGGUGGAGGUGGAAAUAGAGGAGACGGGGUUGGGCGCUACUCACCCCCUCUGUACACCCCAGCCCUGCGCUGCCACUUCAAGGAGGAGGGUGGUGAUGGGGCGGAGGAGGGAUCCACAGGUAGCGGAGGAGGGCGGUGCAAGUAUGCCCUGAGCACACUACCCAAGAGACUGUGUUUAGUGUGUGGAGACGUAGCGUCUGGCUAUCACUACGGUGUAGCCUCAUGUGAAGCCUGCAAGGCCUUCUUCAAAAGAACCAUCCAGGGUACGGAUGUUUGUGGGGGUGAAGUUGAGUGUCUUGUGCAUUUCUGCAUCCCAGUAUAAUGAAUUAAAUGGGGUAGACCUUGAUUGCUUUGACAAAAGUUUCAUAUCGCUGUUUGUUCCUUCUCUGUCCUUCUUUCCACCUCUUUGCCUUACCUAAGGUAACAUUGAAUAUAGCUGUCCGGCGUCAAACGAAUGUGAGAUUACCAAGAGGCGCAGAAAGGCUUGCCAGGCGUGCCGCUUCACCAAGUGCCUCAAAGUGGGCAUGCUGAAAGAGGGUGAGUGUAUAAUCCAGAGCCCUUAACUAGUGGGCUCGUUUGGUCUGGAGGCACUGUUUGAUACCGUGUGACAAGUAGUUAUUAAGAUCUGCCCCUUUACCUCCAUACUUCUCCAAAUAAAGGGAGCUUGUUUGUCUCUCGUUCUCUCUCCCCUACUCCCUUUAUCACGCUCUCUUCAUUGUCGAGGUGUUGUGUGUCACAGGAGUCCGUCUGGACCGGGUCAGAGGAGGGAGGCAGAAGUAUAAAAGGCGUCCAGAGGUGGAGAGUGCGACCUAUCAGAGUGCCCCUUUACCGCUUAGGAAGGAAGGGGAGAAAGGUAAGGAAGGGACUGAGAAGACCUUGUCAGGUUUUGUCUUGAAAGAACACUUAACUGUGCAGGCAGGUUUUCCAAAGAGCCCUCAUUUCUCAACAGAAGCAUUAAGAAACUUCAGGGAACUAUUUCCACAAGGACCAGUUAUAUUAACAUAAUAUCUUUGUUCUUUGUUUCAUGGUAAAUGUAACCGCUGUUGUGCCAUAACGCUUGCUUUCUGUUUGUGUGUGUGACCCAGGCUCCUCCAACAUCAUUGUGUCCCACCUCCUGGUGGCAGAGCCAGAGAAACUGUUUGCCAUGCCUGACCCCCUGCAGCCUGAUACGGCUCAGCGCACACUCACCACCCUCUGUGACCUCGCCGACCGCGAACUGGUCGUCAUCAUCGGCUGGGCCAAACACAUCCCCGGUAAGGGGGGCAGUGAAGAGGGGUGGGUGGGGGAGGGAGAUUGGCAUGGGAAGAGAAUAGAGAAAGUAGGAAUGUAGUAUGGUUCUACGGUGAAAUAAGUUAGUUGGAACUAGCCCUCAGCUCUUAUCAGUAGCUCUGCUGUGGUUCACUAUGUCUUAUUCAGGCCUAGAAUGCUGUCUCUUUGUAUCAGCUGUUUGCCUAGUGAUUGAUCAGUCAGUCUGCUCUAACCCUAACCCUCCCUCCCCUUCAUGUGUCCACCCUUGCAGGCUUCCUGUCGCUGUCCCUGGCAGACCAGAUGUCGGUGCUGCAGUCGGUGUGGUUGGAGGUGCUGGUGCUGGGUGUGGCCUUCCGCUCCCUGGGCUGUGAGGAUGAGGUAGUGUUCGCUGAGGACUUUGUCCUUGACGAGGAGAUGUCCCGCGUGGCUGGACUGACAGAGCUCAACGCAGCCAUCAGCCAGCUGGCCCGACGCUUCCGCUCCUUGCAGCUCGACCGGGAGGAGUUUGUCAUGCUCAAAGCCAUCGCACUCACCAACUCAGGUAAACUAGCUAUACAAAAGUAUACCCAUAGAAUAUCCAUACAAUCAGCAUUAUGUGGAGUGACAUAACAUGAAAAUGUGAUGGAAGCAGUAGGUGAGACUGAAAUAUCAAACCCUUCAUAUGUACAAUUAGUUACUAAUAUGACAACAUUCUUUAUUUGAAGCACUACUCUACUUCAGUUCCAUUUAGCAGAUUGGUCCAAACAGUUUAUUCCAAAGAAAAUACAACAAAAAUCAGCAUAGACAGAUUAGUAAAGAUUUGUCUCAGUCCCAUUCUCUGAGGACAUUGUUGAUGUGCAUAACUCCAGCCCUGAGGGACUGACAGACGAUUACUGUAAACAGCAGAUUCACCCCCACGGUCUGCUUAGCCCACAAAGGCACUAUUUGUUAUGUUAUAGACCAGUGCAUCUUAUUCCUUAAUCACAUACGUUUGUUGCCAAACACAAUCUUACAAAACCCUUUGUCCAAAAGACAAAAGGAAGCUUUUAGAAUAUACACUCUGACCAUGCUCCCCCUCUCCCUGCCAGACUCUGUGUAUAUAGAGGACAUGGAGGCGGUGCAGAAGCUGAGGGACCUCCUCCACCAGACCCUGUUGGAGAUGGAGUGCCAGCGACGCCCCGAGGACCCCCAGCGGGCGGGGCGCCUCCUCCUCACCCUCCCCCUCCUCCGCCAGACGGCUGGUCGCGCCCUAACCACCUUCUAUAGCAUCAAGACCCGAGGCGGCGUGCCCAUGCACAAACUCUUCCUAGAGAUGCUGGAAGCCAUGAUGGACUCGCCCUAGAGAGAAGGGAGGAUGAGGAGAAGCCAAGGAGAGAGGAUGCAAGGGCACGAUGAGAGACAGGGAAUCUGCAAAGAGUGAAUGGCUGGCUGGUGUGAAUGGAGAGGUUUCUAUUAGAUUUUGAUAAUGAUGAAUGUGGAGAUUAUUACAGGAUUUUUAAAAAUCAUAGCCUCUUCAGAGAUUCAAAAGUGUGUUUUAAAAACAGAGAAAACCCAUAUACAUUUAGUAGAUGCCCUCUGUGGAGGUUGAUGGUGGAAUAUAACUCCUUAAUACAUGACUGCCAAACUUAGUUGAAAGACUCCAAGACUCGGUCAGUUCAAAUAUGGGAAUAAACUCAAUAAAAGACAUCUAAUCAAUCUGAAUGCCAGAAUCAUAUUAGAUGCCCACUAUCCCUAAUCUUCAGAUGAUAAACUACUGAAGGACUGCAGUGAGAUUUC